CCGCCGAAGGGAGCGCGAAGCGCGAAGACCCAGCGCGCGCUCUCCGGACCACCACCCCCGCCGCGCCGCCUGCCCUCAGCCGAGGGAGCUGCGAGAGACGGGGCCAUGUGAACGUGGGGAAAGGAUUGCUGCCUUUUCCUGUCUUUCCCCCCCACAAAGCCUGCAUAACUGACACCUGGGGUUAUGAGUCAGUCCUAGAUGGCCUCGCAGAUACGACCUUCAGAACAAUUACGACAGAUCUUCUAUACAUGGUUCUAGUGAUAUCCAGUACGAAGAUUUCAAAAGUGACAUGGCUUCCAAGUUAGGAUACUACCCACAGAAAAUUCCCUCUGUCUUCUUCCGAGGCGAUUUCCGGACCAAAAAUGACUGCAGGAGGAAGAUGCCAUCCUGGGUGGGCACCCACAGGAUCAGAUCACCUUACAGAUUUUUACAACAAGACCUUGACCACCUUCAAGGAUAAUGAGGAUAAUAUACAAUGUGGGGAUAACUUCAUGGAUAUGGAGUGCUUUAUGAUUCUACCCUAGCAGCAGCUGGCCAUUGCAGUACUGUCCCUUACUCUGGGCACCUUCACUGUUCUGGAAAACCUUCUGGUCUUGAUUGUCAUCCUGCAGUCCCGAAGCCUUCGCUGCAGGCCUUCCUACCAUUUCAUCAGCAGCCUGGCUGUAGCUGAUCUCCUGGGCAGUGUAAUCUUCGUUCAUUUUGUUGACUUCCAUGUUUUCCAUCGGAAAGACAGCCCUAAUGUGGUCCUGUUCAAACUGGGUGGAGUUACAGCCUCGUUCACUGCCUCGGUGGGCAGCCUUUUCCUCACCGCAAUAGACAGGUAUAUAUCUAUACACAGGCCCUUAUCUUAUAAGAGGAUUGUCACCAGAUCGAAGGCUGUUGUAGCAUUCUGCGUGAUGUGGACCAUAGCUAUUGUAAUAGCUGUCCUCCCUCUGCUGGGCUGGAACUGCAAAAUGCUCAAUUCUGUUUGUUCAGAUAUAUUUCCUCUAAUAGACGAGAACUAUCUGUUGUUCUGGAUUGGGGUCACCACUGCUCUGCUUUUUAUUGUGUAUGCCUAUAUGUACAUACUGUGGAAGGCUCGUCAUGCUGUUAGAAUGAUCCAGCGCGGCACUCAGAAGAGCAUAAUAAUACAUACUUCAGAGGAUGGUAAAGUGCAUCAGAUUACUAGGCCGGAACAAACACGUAUGGACAUUAGGUUGGCCAAAACCUUGGUCCUCAUUCUUGUGGUUUUGAUCAUCUGCUGGGGUCCUCUACUUGCAAUUAUGCUCUAUGAUGUCUUUGGGAAGAUGAACAAGCUUGUGAAGACUAUCUUUGCCUUCUGCAGCAUGCUCUGCCCGAAUUCCACAGUGAAUCCCAUCAUCUAUGCUCUCAGGAGCCAGGACCUGAGACAUGCUUUCAGGAGCAUGUUUCCCACCUUGCAAUGGGACUGCACAGCCUCUUGUAACAGCUUGGAGUCUGACUGCCAGCACAGACAUGCUAACAACCCAGGUAAUGUCCACAAGGCUGCUGAAAAGUGUAUUAAAAACACAGUUAAGAUUGCCAAAGUGACCAUGUCUGUCUCCUCAGACACAACUGCAGAGGCGUUGUAAAACAAAGACCUCUCUACACUGUAAGAGAACAGAUUAAGAGAAAGCAAGAAAAAUUCAUGGCUUGUUUCCUCCAAUGUAACCAUUUUUUUAAGUUUAUCAUUUCUAAGUGACUGUUUUUAUGAGUCUUGAGCAGUAGCCCCCUCUUCUGAGUUCUACAAAUAAGAAACCAACUGAAGUUUUAAAAAACAGAUUUUUUCCCCCAUUGGCAAAAUGCUAAUUGACUAAUAAUGGCUAUUAUAAUAUAUAUUUUUUUAAAAAUCACACUAAUCAGUGAGCAAGAUAUACACACUUUAGGAAGCUUAUUGAAAAUUGAAACAUACAACAGUUUAAUUAGAACAAAAAAGUAAAAUUUGUAAUCAUAGGUUUUGUUUUUUUCUAGUGUGAACUAUGUUAAUUGUCUGUAAGUAGGUUUUCAUCCUCCCCCACCCCCAAAGCGGCAGUACUGGAUUGUAAGAAAUUUUGUACCAUGUCUUGUGAGAUGUAUGGUGUUUUACUGUAUGUUACUGAUAUUUGUUUAACCAAAGUGAUUAGGUAGACUUGUGUGGAUGUAAUAUAAAGUAUGUGGUGAUGUAACCCCUCCCCACCCCCACACCAUGAAAAUACUUCCUGUAUUUUGAAGAAUUCCUAUAAGGUAUUUUGAAAUUUUUACAUUCUUAGUGGUUUUAGUGAACUUAAAAGGAAAGGCUUUGCAUUUCUUCUGCUCACAUUUGAAAUCCCUAUUAAGUUUUUUUAAACAAACA